CUGAUAUCACAUCUCCAGAAUCACAGUACACAGAAUCACCACUGUCUAGUUCUCCUUUGUCAUCUGCGACUGAUAUCACAUCUACAGAUUCACAGUACACAGGAUCAGCACUCUCUAGUUCUGCUGUAUCAUCUAUCACUGAUAUCACAUCUCCAGAAUUACAGUACACAGAAUCACCACUGUCUAGUUCUUCUGUAUCAUCUAUCACUGAUAUUACAUCUCCAGAAUCACAGUACACAGGAUCACCACCGUCUAGCUCUUCGGUGUCAACUGUGACUGAUAUCACAUCUCCAGAAUCACAGUACACAGGAUCAGCACUGUCUAGUUCUGCUGUAUCAUCUAUCACUGAUAUCACAUCUCCAGGAUCACAGUACACAGGAUCACCGCUGUUUAGUUCUUCCGUAUCAUCUAUCACUGAUAUCACAUCUCCAGAAUCACAGUACACAGGAUCAGCACUGUCUAGUUCUUCUGUGUCAUCUGUUACUGAUAUCACAUCUCCAGAAUCACAGUACACAGGAUCAGCACUGUCUAGUUCUGCUUUAUCAUCUAUCACUGAUAUCACAUCUCCAGAAUCACAGUACACAGGAUCACCACUGUCUAGCUCUUCUGUAUCAUCUAUCACUGAUAUCAUAUCUCCAGAAUCACAGUACACAGGAUCACCACUGUCUAGUUCUCCUGUAUCAUCUGCGACUGAUAUCACAUCUCCAGAAUCACAGUACACAGAAUCACUACUGUCUAGUUCUGCUUUAUCAUCGUUCACUGAUAUCACAUCUCCAGAAUCAGAGUACACUGGAUCAGCACUGUCUAGUUCACCUGUACCAACCGUGACUGAUCUCACAUCACCGGUGUCCCAGCAGACAGAGACAAUGGCUUCAAGUGUUCCUGUACCAACUGUGACGGCUGCUUCUGGCGCGCCUGUGCUAACACCAUCACCUAUGAGCCCCAGGUCCACAUCUGCAGUGUCACAGCAAACAACACCUGAGGCAUCGUUCGUUUCUGCGUCACCAAGCGAUUCUGCUUCUACAGAGCUAUAUUCAUCCCAAACCGCCGUGACAUCUGACAUAUCUGAUCAAACAUCUCCAGAAUCACCGCCGUUCACCGACUUGUCAUUUGCAUCAACCGCUCCUCCAUCAGCUGUGACUGAUGUCACAUCGCAAAAGUCACAACAGACUGAAGCGUUAACUUCUGGGUUUUCUGUCUCAACUGUGACAGCUGCUUCUAGGAUAACUCCGCUACCUAUGUCCACAUCACCCGUUUCCCGAUUGUCAUCGACACAUGCAGCAUCUGCGUCACCAGGUGCUUCUCUUUCCACGGAUACAUUUUCACCUCAAACCUUCACGGCAUCCGAAUCGUCUGACCAGACUUCGGGACCAACUUCAUUCACUUCGACACAUCCAGAAUCGCUGCAAACAACACCGUCCUCCUCAGUACCCAGUGGCUCACCAUCCGCUCUAUAUUCCUCAUCGCCAUCUGCAUCGGCUUCAUCACCGGAAUCCAUGGCUUCUACAUCUGCCGCUUCACGCGCAACAGCCACUUUUACGUCUGAGCAGUCAAGCCACCUCACGCGCACGGAGGAAGCGACUCUCUCUGAUUCUCUUGCAUCAACAUCUCCGAAAUCUCAAGAAACAACGCCAUCGUUGGCAUCAUCAGGGUCGCCUGGUGCGCCUUCCUCAACGCCGUCGCAGGCUGUCACGUCUCCAGCUUCACUGCCGACGGCGACGUUCUCGUCCAUCGCCGCGUUAACGACCGUCGCCCUGACCACGGCCGCCGAGUCUCGGGCCUCCGAGGCCCCGGCGACGCUGAACGAGACGAUGGUCGCCAGGGCGGCUCCCGAUCCCCGCUUAUCCGAGUCUCCCGACGAGCAGACGUUCAGCCUCAGGUUCAAAGUUCUCAACAAGGAGUUUGUCCCGGAGCUUCGCGAUCGGAGCUCGGACGCGUUCCAACAACUGUCGAGCAAUUUGAAUCAGGAGGUGAAAUCCAUUUACAAAAGCGGUCCGCUGUCAAAAUACUUCAGGCGGAGCAAUAUGCAUUCGUUCAGGGAAGGCUCGGUGGACUGCCACGGAACCCUGAAGUUUAAAAGGCCAAAAGACAAAGACAUCCUGGCAGAAGAAGUUCACGAGAAAUUCCUUGAUGGCACACACGGAGGAAAUGAAUUGGGGGCGUUCGUUCUUGCUUGUGGCAGCAACUCUGUGGAUGACAUACAUCAGGACGGUGACAAAUGUCAGCUCACGACAUUGUACACAUCCCCGUCCGCCUCCUCCAGUGAAGCGAGUGAAUCCGAGCAAAGCCAUUCGCCUUCCACCGCUGCUGAUACCUCCACUCUGCUCGAGUCGGUACCAACGGGGAUGUCACGUACUGCCCCUGUGACAACUGUGACGACUGUUUCCAAGACAUCCGCACCGACUGCGACUUUGACAUCACCAUCAUCAUCGUCGUUGUCGUCGUCAGCUGAGACUGCUGAAUCUACAUCUCCGGUAUCACAACAGAAAACAUCUGGAGCAGCAUCUGUGUCCGUAUCGCUGAGUGAUUCGACUUCUACUGAGCAAAUUUCAUCACUGACUACCAAUGCAAUAUCAGCAUCAUCUCCAUACGAAUCCACAUCUCCAGAAUCCUGGCAAACAACACCAUUGACGUCAGCACCUACUGGAUCAUGGACAUCGAUGGACUCUUCUGUAUCAUCUCCAUUUGCUUCAUCUUCUGUGUCUGUGGCUUCUACAUCUCCUGUGUCUGAGGGCUCAGGUCCACCUCCAGCAUCAUCAGUUUCAUCUGUCACAUCUCCACAAUCACAGCACACAGGAUCACCACUCUCUAGUUCUCCUGUAUCAACUGCAACUGAUUUCACUUCUCCAAUGUCUCAACAGACUGAAACGUUUGCUUCGAGUGUUCCCGUGUCAACUGUGACAGCCGCUUCUCGCGUGACCGUCCUAACAUCAUCGCCUACGAGCCCCAUAUCUGCUGUGUCUCAAGCCUCAAUUCCAUCUCCUGUGUCAUCGUUUUCAUCUCUCACAUCUCCAGAAUCAGAGCAAACGGGGUCAUCGUUACCAAGUGUUCCCAUAUCAACUGUGACCAAUUUAACAACGUCACCUCUGAGUCCCUUGUCCACAUCUCCUGUGUCACAACAAACAACGUCUGAGGCAUCGUCUGUUCCUGUGUCACCAAGUGAUUUUGCUUCUACUCGACUCCAUUCGGCUCAAUCAUCUGACUCGUCUGAACAAACAUCAGAACCAACUUCACCAGCGUCAUGGCAAACGACAGAAUAUUCAUCAGCGCCAAGUGGCCCAUCGUCGACCAUGGUCUCCUCUGUAUCAUCUUCCUUUGAGUCAACUCUGAUGUCUGAGGCUUCUACGUCUGCUACGUCUGAAGGCCCAAGUAAAUCUCCAGUGCCAUCAAUUUUAUUAGAUGAAACUGCCACGUCUCCAGAAUCGCCGUUGACCGACUUCUCAUUUUCACCAAGUGCCCCUCUAUCAGCUGCUACUUAUGUCACUUCCGCGGUAUCUCAACAUACAGAAACGUUAAUUUCAAGCGUUCCUUUGUCAACUGUGAUGGCCGCUUCCAAAAUGACUUCACUGACUGUUACGCAGCAAAGCGCAUCCAUAAGUUCCGUGCCUACAUCUCCUGUUUCCCAAUUAUCAACAAUACCAGCAACAUAUGUGUCGCCGAGUGGCUCUGCUUCUACCGAGCUAUAUUCUUCUACCGAGCUAUUUCCAACUGUCACGAUGUCUGAAUCAUCUGCAUCAUCUGAAUCCACAUUUCCAGAAUCGUGGCAAACAACGCCAUCAUCAUCAGAACCAACUGGAUCAUGGAUGAUUACGGACUAUUCUUUAUCACCGGAUUCAUCUCCAGUGUCCGUGGCUUCUACAUCUCCUGUGUCUGAGGGCUUAAGUCAAUCUCCAGCGUCAUCCCUUUCACUCGUCACAUCUCCAGAAUCACAGCACACAGUAUCAACGCUGUCUAGUUCACCUGUACCAACCAUGACUGAUCUCACAUCACCGGUGUCCGAGCAGACAGAGACAAUGGCUUCAAGUGUUCCUGUACCAACUGUGACAGCUGCUUCUGGUGCGACUGUGCUAACAUCAUCACCGAUGAGCCCCAUGUCCACAUCUGCAGUGUCACAGCAAACAACACCUGAGGCAUCGUCUGUUUCUGUGUCACCAAGCGAUUUUGUUUCUACCAAGCUAUAUUCAUCUGAAUCUUUUAUGACAUCCGAUUCAACUGACCAAACAUCAGGAUCAUCUGCAUAUGAAUCCACAUCUCCAAAAUCGUGGCAAACAACAUCAUCGUCAUCAGAACCAACUGGAUCGUGGAUGCCUACGGACUAUUCUUUAUCACCGGAUUCAUCUCCAGUGUCCGUGGCUUCUACAUCUCCUGUGUCUGAGGGCUCAAGUCAAUCUCCAGCGUCAUCCCUUUCACUCGUCACAUCUCCAGAAUCACAGCGCACAGUAUCAACACUGUCUAGUUCACCUGUAACAACCGUGACUGAUCUCACAUCACCAGAGUCCCAGCAGACAGAUACAAUGGCUUCCAGUGCACCGAUCACAUCGGUCACGGCCGUUUCUGAUUUGCCUCCAUGGAUUGUGGUGUCAUCCGCUAUCUCGCCUGAUGGCACCCGACCGACUAGUGCCAAAUCACAACCAACGUCGGAAUCUGGGGCAGCCUCGACCGCAGUUUCAUCAGUGAUGGCGCCAACUCCGGCAGCGCACACUGACAAUCACACGGCCGAGUCGUCAACAUUCCUGGAUGCGACCUCUCCAUCAGUAUCUCUAGAAUCCCUGCACACAGCGGUAACGGUUGGUUCAUCGGCAUCUACAGACAUCGGAUUUACAUCGACCGGCUACUCCUCGGCGACCGCAGCGUUUUCGUCAUCGUCAGCUGUGGGGUUCGUUCCUGUGCCCGGUUUUGCUCCCAGUGAGCAGCCGACGUCAGCGUCAUCACCAUCAUCAUCUUCACCAGAAGCAACGUCCUUCGGAACUUCUGAGCAGACCAUCGCCGUGUCCCCACUUACACUGGGAACAACGUUUCCCACUUCACCGGAGUCGCCAAAGUCAACGCCGUCCACUGAUUCGUCGCCGCAGAUUCCUGCGGAACGUGGCAACGUGUCGACAGAGCGACCGUCGACUCUGAGAGUGAUGCCUUCUGACGAGGUACACACACCCUCCGUCGAUGCCUCAUCGUUCGCGUCACAGGCCACACCGUCAUCUCCGACGCAACCAUCGUCGCGUUCGACUGAUUACACGACUUCCGAGUGGGUGUCAGGGUCUUCGCCUCUUCACAAUGCAUCAGCAAUGCCUCCGCUUCGAGAUUCCAAAGUCUCUCCAGGUACGGAUACCAGUUCGUCGGGGACGCCCGCACGCACGGCGAGCGACUCUUCUCCUACCGGUCACUCCUCUGCAGCGACGGAUUCACCGACCGGUUCUGUGCCGCCUACAUCGGAAUCGGCACCACCAAGGCUGCUGCAGCCACCGCCGCCAAAAGCGUCGACAGCCGACCCAACACCGACAUCGACGCACCCUCACACGCCUCUCUGUUCAUCGGUGCACUCCACCGCCUGCACGACGCUGGCGCCGGACGCGCCGCCGACUACCGGUGACACCUCGACGCUUUCGGAGACGGCGCCGGCCAACUUGACGGCGAUCUUUGCACCCGGCGAUCGUGCGGAGCCAGACAGGGCGGGCCCAACAGACGGCGAGACCACCGCGAGCACAGCGGCGGCGUCCACGACCUCUAGGCCGAGGAGGAGAAAGCCGGGCGGCAGGAUGUUUACGCCGGCGGGCAACGGGACGUCGGCUCCGGCGACGGGGCCCGCGGGCGCGACCACGCGGGGGGAGCACGUGGCCACGACGUCAUACCUCCCCGGCAUGGGGGCUCCGCCGUUCUCCCCGACUCCGGUGGACGAACCGACGCCCCAAGAGUUUGUGCCGAUCUACAACUUCCUGCUGCCGAGCGAGGCGCCACUCGGCAGCGACUUGGAUGACGAAACAUUGAGGAAUUUUUCAGCGCACGUUCUGCAAGAGGUAACUCAGCUCAUGAACAACACGGACCUUGAGAAGUAUUCGCACAACAUGGAUGUCUUCAUACGAAAUAUCUCGAAUGAAACCUACUGCGUGACCAUCGGGUUUACGAACGGGAGCACGGUGGAGGAGUUCUUCCGGAACAACACGGAGUACGCGUUCGAGAUGGUGCUCUCGCGUCUCGACCUCAACUCGACCUCCGUGCUGUCCGGGUGGCAGCCGACCAACGUGUCGUGCAUCGAACCCGGAGUGAUGCUGAAAGACGUGGAGGUUUUGGGCGGGUCGGUCAUCUGGCCCGUGCUCAUCGCCCUGCUGAGUCUGCUCGCGCUCGUCCUCCUGAUCCUCCUCAUCUGCCUCAUCCUGGCUCGGCGACGCAAGCUCAAGUACAGCGUGGACGAGGUGGGCAUCUCGUACCGCACGCACGACCUGCGCCCGUGGAGCAUGAGUGGCAUCCCGCACGUGCUCUACGAGACUGCCAUGGAGGCGCCGCCCCCCUUCGACGCCGGCGAUGCGCAGGUAUCGUUGGCGGAGCCACAGCAAGGCACAAUCGACAAGAGCAAGUUAGUGGUGUCCAUAUGAGCCUCUUGCCGGCCUGCGCCGGCGGGAGGCCACCACGUCUUGCAGCGGUAGCAAGCGGGGCCAUGUGGGAACGCCGUCAACGCAAAACGAAAUCCACGGGCGGACGCAGUCCAGGCUGAGGUGGACAACAACGAGGCUCACGUCACCACCUCCUUGAAGCCAGGUCCACACCUGAAAGUGAUCGGUUGCAUACAACCUGGUUGGAUGCAACUGAAUGUCUUAUAUUUGGAGGUGGCUGCAACCAGUUGCGAGCAGUUGCUCAACCGGUUUCUUGCAGGAGAGACAGGCUCAACUUUCCAAGCGACCUGUUUGGCGAUUUGCAGCGACGUACUUCAUCGCGUGACACAUUCACAAACUAUUAUUGGUUAACUUAAGGCGUUGGUUUUAUUCUUGACAACCUGGAAUUUUUAUUCUGAAAUCCCGGAUCUUGUCCUGACCACGUGUAACGUGGUUUGAAGUGAAACGUCAUUUCUAAUUGCUGAAGUUGGUUGUGAGAAUUGUCCUUCAACUGAACCCGCGGUGAGCUGAAACGACAACCACUGGCGCGUGGUCAAAUGCUCGUGCACGUGCCAAUUCAAUUCGUUUUUGCAACCAACGCGGCCUCACUCAAAACAUUAAUGACGAUUGGUUGUUACGAUCCUGAUGUAGGUGAGGUGGAGUGGGGUAGCUAAUCAGAAAAGGGGUGGGGCUAUUCUAUACAGGGCAUGGCCAGACACGCCCUUGAUGCACUCAACUACUUGCUCACAUGUGGACAAAGCAGUUUGCAGGCAAUUUUCCAAAGCUACUUGGUUGGGCAGUUGGCCUCUCCGGUGUGGACCCGGCUAAACAGAUGAGCGCUCAAAACAUACCGUGCACAUUUUACCACCUUGGGAAAUAAAGCAAAUUAAAAAUAUUCAAAGGGGAAUUUUGAUUGAGACAAUAGUGCUGCAUAUCUGGGGCCCUCGUUACGUUUACUCAAACACAUUCCAGGGUAAUAUUUUAGGGGCUUGAAUGUAACGCUCAGUAAGGUUAAUAGCACAAGGCAAUGUCAUCAUUUUCAUGAGGCUUUUGGAUUGUCGAAAUUUGUUGACGUGCACACAACUCUAAUGGCGCCCAUUCUGAACGAUGUAGUUGCAACGUCGUCUGCAGCUCAGCGUUGCGUAUCCGUCGCAUGCUGUAGACUGAGAUAUGGGCGGACGUGUGAACGUCUAGUAGAAAGUCACAGUUACACCAUCGUGCACGAAUAGGAUUACUGGGCAAACGCAAAUCGCACGCACGGCUUGAAACGUGGGGACACGCAAGUAAAGCGAAUGUGUGCGCGAUGUUGUGAAAAUAUUAUGAUUUGUGAACAUCUGUGGAAAAAAUCACAGUUUACACCAUGUACGUAUGCCACGGUUAGUUGGUCAGGGCGGAUUUGCGACGGUCGGAUAUGCGACGUUGUACGGUACAACCACUUGCAUCUGCCACCCAAGCCAACCAUCUCUCUUCGACUAAUGUGACAGAAACCCCCAUGAACUGGAAGAUAAUGCGUGUUGUAGGUGAGAACAAGAUAGCGUAUACUGUGAUGCUAAAGUAUAUUUAGCCUGCAGAGCAUCUAGGCAUAAAGUCCACUGUUAUUUGGGAGCCUAAGAGAGGCGUGCAUAUGUACAGCAACACGAUCUAUGCACCGGUUUUACAAAGGGCAUUUUAAAAUUGGUACUUGUGAACCAGAUUUGCAUUAAAUUAACUGCUUAUUCCUUAAAGCUUAAAGCUGUAUAUCAAAUGUAUAACUUUCCUAGUUGUCCACUGAUUUUGUGCCUUCAAUAAUACUCUCAAGGUAGAUAUCGUAUUGUUGUGUUCAGUGGGUAGCUCAGUGGCCUAGCGAUGGCGAGCAGCACAUCUGGGCUUCGAGAUCAACUCAGAAGUGCUUUGGCGUAGCACAUGGUCGAUGUCAGCCUCUUCACUCGCCCCCGAGUUUCAUUCCAAUCGUCAUAUCGUUGUCACAUCACGGGAUGAAGAAUCCGGAGGAGUGCAACCGUUCGGCUUGGAGAUCGGCCCGUGGAAGCAGACACGGCAUGACCGUCACGUGCUCGGGAGACGAAUGUUGUCGCACGACAGUAAGGAGCAUGGGAGAUUCAGACGGUCACUCGUCACAAUAAAAUCAUUCUGAUGGCGUUGGCCCGGUGGCUCGCGGGGUUCAUGAGGUCCACGUGGGAGCCCUGAACUCCAGUGGUGGUGCCAGGCAAACGCAAAAUAAGCAAAAGCAUAGGGCCCCCCAAAAUAGCUCAAGGAGUACCCACAUUCACAGAACAAAGGGGUGUGCCACAUGGCUACUCGAAUUCAGAUCCGAAAAUGACAUUAUAUUAAGCCAAUUAUAUAUAAGCCCAUUAAUCUCUCUGUCAUCUCUAUCUUGUCUGUAGCUGCCUUCUCUCAUCUCAUUACAUUCUUGUCCCGCGUGCUGUUCGGCAUGAUGUCUGACGUUUUGCAACCACGUGCUGGGAGUUUAUGCAGGAACUCCUGAACGUAGAGAUAGCUAAACAAGCUCAUGGCGCAUGGAGCGAAACGUCGGACAUCAUCCCAAGUUUAAUUGAUGAUUGGAAGCGUGCAUCCUUGCAGGCCUUUAAAAUGAGGACAAACAUAAUGGAUAGACAAAGCAGACUAACAAAUAAAACAUAAAGCAACAUGACAAUGAAUAAAAAAUAUUAUUGCAGUUAUAUGCAUUGUGUGGGCGGGCCGAGGGACACGGCAGUUAGCACACUGCACUAUGAUCCUAGCAACUUAAGUUCGAUUCCUGACCGUGAUAAGCAUCAGUGGCGAGUGAUAUCUGAAAAAAAGAUUCUUACUGCCCCCCCCCUUUAGCAAAGUGGACUGACUGGCGUGGUGAAGUAUGGUCGAAUAUGGGAUCCUCCAAUAUUGGAUUUUAAAAUGCUAAGAAGUUGCUACGUUUUAUCACUAUUAUUAUAAUUGCACAUCAUGGUAGGUUUUGACACAAUUGCAAAUACAAGGAAUGCUUGACGAUGAUUUAAAUCGCCGUACGCAUGUACUGCACUGUUAAGAGUUGAGUUGCAUUUGUAUAUAUUGGGCAAUGAUAACAAGAGGAAUAUUAUGAUUUUGAACAAGCAGGAAUUGCUGUGACGGUACUGUUCUCUGUGAAUUUGUAUAAGCAUUGUUGCUCUCUUCGAAUUUUAGUAAUAAAUUUGCUGCUCACGUACGAUCGAAAAGUCA